GAAAGAAACGUGAUUCCGCUGGCGAAAACCCCUACAUAUUUUUAAGUAGUCGAUCAAAACAAAUUCCAGAUCACUUCAAACAAUUUUCUUGCGGUGGAACGGCGCCGCACCAUCGCUUUAUCGCGUAAUUUAUCUUGUUACAUAGUGGUGGUGGCGGCGACGGCGGCAGCGGAUGAUUGGAUUUAGAGAUGGCGGAGCCUCCAUCGCAGCUCAUUCAGAAAUUGAAAGAGAACAAGCUAUUCAAAUUAUCGUUCGCCGUGACUGGAAUCAUGUCCACUCUUCUUAUAUAUGGAGUAUUACAGGAAAAGAUUAUGAGAGUUCCAUAUGGUCCAAACAAAGAAUUUUUUAAGUAUUCAUUGUUUCUUGUCUUCUGCAACCGCAUUUCAACCUCUGCUGUGUCUGCUGCAAUUCUACUGGGAAGUAAAAAGGUCCUUGAUCCUGUUGCUCCAAUUUACAAGUAUUGUGCUAUAUCAGUGUCUAAUAUACUCACUACGACUUGUCAGUAUGAGGCCCUUAAAUAUGUCAGUUUUCCAGUGCAAACGCUGGCGAAGUGUGCCAAAAUGAUACCUGUGAUGAUUUGGGGCACUGCCAUCAUGCAAAAGAAGUACACUGGAAAAGAUUAUUUGUUUGCCAUUUUAGUCACUAUUGGAUGCUCAAUAUUUAUAUUAUUUCCGGCCGCAGGUGAUAUUAGUCCAUACAGUAGAGGAAGAGAAAGCACUGUUUGGGGUGUGUCUUUGAUGAUUGGUUAUCUCGGGUGUGAUGGCUUCACUAGCACAUUUCAGGAUAAACUUUUUAAAGGCUAUGAUAUGGACAUACACAACCAGAUAUUUUACACGACUCUUUGUUCUUGCAUGAUUAGUUUCACUGGUUUAAUCUUACAAGGAAAUCUUUUCUUGGCAAUAGACUUUGUUUCUCGGCAUAAUGAUUGUUUCAUUGACAUUAUUAUACUUUCAACUGUGGCCACAAUUAGCCAGUUCUUCAUUUCGUACACCAUCCGCAAUUUUGGAGCUCUGACCUUUGCCACCAUAAUGACCACAAGACAGCUGGUCAGCAUUCUACUAUCUUGUGUGUGGUUUGCUCACCCGCUCACCGCAGAACAAUUGAUUGGAGCAGUUAUAGUGUUUGGUUCCAUAUACUCGAAAAGCUAUUUUAGAAGUAAACCGAAGCCAUUGCCCUCUGAAGAAGCAGAAAAUAGAGCUGUCAGUCCACCAAGGAAUAACGCAUGAAAUAUUGGGUACACAACUACGGAUGUACGAAAAUCUCCGACUAAUUCUAACUUUCCGUAAAAAGGCGGGGCGGCUGGCUGCUAACUCUAAUGCUUAGGCUUGGGUUGGAGUAAUUUUCCCAGAAUUCUGUCAAGUAACCCCGCAUCUGAUGUCUGAUUAUAGAAUGAAGAUAAAUAUUUUUGGCGGCUUUACUAAGAUUUUGAAGUGUAGUUUUGUUUUACUAAGACCACAGGUGAAUUCAAUAUGCCAACCACCUGUUUCAAUGUGCUAAUUUCAAUAUACUUCGCAGAGAUAUUACGCUUUACGCCAAAGAUUUAUAGUCUAUAUGCUUUAGUGUAUAAUUUAAGAAUCCCAAUGUAUUA